CGUGACGUUAAGAGCACCUGCAUUCAUUGUAAGUACUCGUAGUGCAUCGCGUUAACUAAGGGCGUAACAUAAACAGCUGUUAGUUCAGUUGCUUUCCCCCGAUAAAAACCUGCUGCGUGUCACUCUUGGCUGAGCACAGCCUUUGGCCACUGGCACCACCAUACGUCACCAACCCCUAGCUACAUCUCUUUCUAGCACACAAUUAUUAAAAUAAGCAUCUCUUUUCUUUGCCAGUUUUACUUCAAAGGGGUUGUGUGGGUUGUUUAAUGGUCGUCCCGGCAACGGAGCCCCGUCCACAAGACCCGCGGCUGCCCGGCACGCUGACGUCCUACAUUGUACUUCCAUAAUUAGACAAUAUUUAAUUUAGAAAAUGUUCUAGUAAAGUGUCGGUUUAGUAAAUCAACUUAUCACAACACACAAUAAUAUGAAUAUGAUAGACAUACAAAAAAGCAACCGGACACUAUGACAUUGACGGACAGUUUUUCCGGGGAGAUAGCUAGUGCUACAGAUGAUUCUACAUCCAACUGGGAUCAACUAUACUGCUCCCAUCUUUGGUCAAACAGCAAACUACGGAAAACAAUACUCAACAAUGUCCAAAGUGUGGACGAUGGAGCGAUUACGUAUUGUUUUACUUGCAGGGGAAAGAUGAGAAAAUAUGAGAUAAAAUCUCCACGAACUGAUUUCCGACCAAAUGAGCAUUCCACUCCAAACAUAAGAAUUUCCAAAGAGGUUAGCUUACCAUUACAUGACCCAAGGGAAGAUUCCAUAUGUGAAGAUAUUAGUAGGACAGAAGUUUACUCGUGCAGAAAAAGUUCCACAAAAGACUCCGCCAUCACAGAUGUAGAAAUUAACCGUUGCAUUCCAUCAAUAUCUCAUCAAAUAGACUCAAAUAUUCGCCAAAAAUUUACUUCCUAUGAACCACAGCCUACUGAAAGUAAUCCUCGAAGACUUAGGAAAAGCCUAAAAGGCAUCGGAUGUAUCGUGAAUUUUGCUCCGACUGAACCCGUGAAGAAGCGGACUCAGAUCCAAGCGUGCUCAAUAAGUGUGAUGAUUGUUGCUAUUGUAGUUAUAAGUUUUGUUUUGGUGAAUUUUACUACUCCUAGUUCUACACGUGUAAAAGUAAUUAGUACAACUGUAGUGCCAACUCAACCCGUAAUUGUUAAUAAAACUUCGUCAGCAGUUACAAAUAUCGCAUUACCUUCGGCACAACUGCCCGAAGUUGUCACCACUGAAAUAUCAUUGACAACAGAAGACGAGUUCAGCAGUACAACUGAAAAUAAUUCCUUAAUUAAUAAUGUUUUAUCUAAAAUCCGUAAGAAUAUAAGGACGUAUCCGAGAAACUCUAACAAAAGCAAAGAAAGCCAAAAACCAAAAGAUAUUAUAAAUCGAGACAUUGUUUCGCAAAGUUUCUGCUCGUGCCAAACAGAUGAAAUAUGCAUGCUAAACGAAAGCAGCGGAACGCCAGAUUGCAAGAAAGCUAUCGACGCCGAUGAUCCUACGGGUUGUGGAGGUCUGUGUGCCUUAGAGACCGAGGCAUGUCAGCUAGUAGACAGACUGCGAGGCGUGCGCGUAUGCCGGCAGCUGAAUCUGGUCACGUGCUCGCCGCAAGAGUGGCGCUGCCGCAACGGGCUGUGCGUGCCGGCCACGGCGCGCUGCGACGGCGCCGUGCAGUGCUACGACAAGUCUGACGAGACGCACUGCGAGUGUGAUCUAACGAAGCAGUUUCGUUGCGGUCACUUCAUAUCAUGUUUCCCCAACAACAAGCUGUGCGACGGAAUCAUCGACUGCUGGGACGGUUUCGACGAAGUUAACUGCACGACAGAAUGUCCCGAAGACCAGUUCACCUGCACAGACGGUCAAUGCAUCCUCGAGUCGCGCUUCUGCGACGGCUACGCCGACUGUCCGGACGGCAGUGACGAACCGCGCGGCUGCGACGGCGGUUGUAGUAAACACGAGCUGCAGUGCAGGAAUCGCCGCUGCGUGUCUAACACCGUGAGGUGCGACGGCCAUGAUAACUGCGGCGACGCUACUGAUGAAGUUAACUGCUCUUGAUGAUGCAUCCUUCUCUUAUACAAUAUUCCGAUUGUACCUAUAUACCUACUUGACUACGACGAUUGUUAUAGAGUUAUAGUAAACACGAGAUAGGUACAGUGCAGGAACUGACGCUGCUCGUGUAACACCGUGGGAUUCGACGGCCAUAACAACUGCGGCGACGCUACUGAUGAAGUCAACUGCUGUUGGUGAUGCAUUCUACCCUUAUACAAUAUUCAGAUUUUGAUUGCCACGACGGCGGCUACAGUAAGGCUAGUUUUAGUGUCGCGCUGACAGGCCAAUAGGUAUCAUUUUCAGGGAGCGUUUUAGAACAGCUUCGAUCAUCUGUAUGACACUAAAACCAGCCUAACUCUGGCGAUGCCACUGAUGAAGUUCACUGCUCUUGAUUGUCUAUCCUUCCCUUUAUAAAAUAUUCAAGUUUUAUUUUGAGUGUAGUGUUGAUAGAGUGACUGUUUUAAGUUGUUUUAACUGGAUGUGAUUUCAAAUUAGUAGGUAUAAGUAUAGCUGAAAUGGCUAAAAUCGUUUUAAUUAUGUAAAUUUUGUGUUAU